GCGACGAUAAGAAAUCCGCUGUGAGGAAAAUAUCAAAAUAUGGAAAACGACCGUUCUCAAAACUUGCGGUGUUACAUAUACAAAUUCCACAAACAGUUAGAUUUGUCAGAUAUACAGCAAGUAUGUGCACAUCUCAGAUAUCGUUUCCUGGCCCUCCGUUUCAAUAAUGGAACAUUGAAAUUUUUAAAAAUUUCACAUUCGAAAAAGAAGGAUCAAGAGGCACCAAAUCUUCACAAUAUUAAAGCAUUCCAAUGGAUAUAUGAUGGGAAAGCAUCAGCUAUUAAAGAUCAGGGAGUGGCAAAAUUUGCUGCACUUUCUGAAAAUGGAGAAAUACUGUCUGGUAGACUGGAUGAGGAAGGAUUAUCCACAGAUGUACGACAGACGCUAUCCGAUGUCAUCAAAGAAAAGGGUGUUUCUCCUGAAGAUGAUGUACAGCUGAUAGCAGGAGAUGGAGAGCAUGUCGUAUUAGCCACUCCGUCCCACCUGAUAUGUCUCCAGUUGAAGAACAGAAACAGUUUCCUGGCCAUCAGUACUAUUCCUCUACCACCCUCUCAUAGCGACGUACAAUGUCUACAAGUCCUCAACAGUAUCGCUGCUGUAUUUAAUAGAGACAAAAACACACUCAACUUUUAUGAAGUCAUAACUGGAAAUUUAUUUUGCCAAGUAGAUCUUCAUAGGACAAAUCUGGAGCCAGAUCGUCUGAUGAAAUGGCGUGUGUCACAUGACCUGCAGACUUUGAUGUUAGUUGAGAACACGUUGUCCCUGACUGUAGUUGACUUAGAACGGUAUGCACAAGAAAACCCCACCUGCGUGGAGACCAAUUCUUUGACAGACUCUGCUGGGGGAACCAAUGUCUGUCUUACAUGUGAUAUCGGCGAUGUCGUGUGGAGGGAGAAAUUAUUGACACUUCAUAGCCAGCAUAGUGAAAUAAGGAGUACUCCCUGGUACCAAGCUAGGCACAGUGUAAAAGUAGGGAAGCAGACUGUCACCAAAACACGCUGGAAAGUUUCUGGAUUUCUCAGGAAGUCAAAUGCGCAAGAAAAGAAGACAAAUUCAUUUCUGAUAGGAAAAGUAUUUUUGCCGCCUUCUCUACAGAAACUUACCAUUACUGACACAACCCUCGGUAAAUCUGUCGUUUCUCUGGUAUUCCACUCUGACAAAGGAAAGUUCCUGUGUGUGUGUGACACAAAGACUUCCACAGUGACAACAGAAAGCCUGUGUACCCAGAGUCAAGCGAUUCUGUCCAAGGACCCAAACUUCCCUCACUUUAUCGCUUCACCCACCCACCUGAUGUGUGUCAUCAUGGACCAGACAGUCGGACAGGAAGAUUUUGUUACCAAGAUGAUGGUGUAUGCAGGUGCAAGUGUAGCGGACACUCUUUGCCAUAUUAAUAAGUGGGGGCGCUGCUCGAUUCCUUUACAUACUUUGGAGAUCGGACUGAAGCAGAGGCAACUGGACACUGUCGUCUUUUUCCUCAAAAGCAAAGAAAACUUUUUUUCCAGGUCCAAACUAUCCUCACCAACCUCUCCAGGAGUGACCUCCCCUACUUGGUCUUUGACCUCUAAUCACCAUGACAACCUGAUGCAGCUGGAGCCAGCUCUGCAGUUGUUGAUAGAGACAGUAAAACUACACCUCUCAGACAAGGGAUCAGAGAGAUUCUCCAAAAAACUGGCAGAAAUCUUGCUUGAUUUUCUGUAUGAAUUGCUCCAUGAUGGUCUGAACUUACUGGAUGUGGUGAAAGAGUCCUACAGUCAUGAAGGGGAAGUUCAGAGUUUGAAUGUGGCUAUAGAGAAAUUACUCGACCUUAUUGGAGAGGUCAGAGGAUGUAUAGGCCAUCAGAUUCAAAAGACUUCAGAUUUGAGUGGAAAAACUGGGACUGCAGAAUGUGUGUCUGAUGUUGGUAUACCAACUAGUGAAUGGGCGGCUUUGUCAGAAGAGGCUGUGAUAGAAAGUGGAGUGACAGGAAAUCGUAUUCCCGCUCUACAGACCUUCCUGUACAGACAGGGACACCGUGCAGAUCUUACUUGUAUAAUCAGAGCCAGCUUAAACAGGGUCGUCCAGUACCUGUCAAACCAACAGAUAAAACCAGCUCUCCUCAUCCUGGCUAAUCUGGGCCUCAACAUUGACAGUACACUAUGGGAGAUCAUGCUGUUGUCCGUGAGAAAAUCUACACGAGAUUUCAUCAUCAAGGAGCUACGAUCCCGAACACAUCUAACAAAAGAACAGGAUGACCUUGUAACCUUCUGUGAGACCCUGUGUAAACACUACCCAUGUCAGUCCUACAAGGCUGCCAUGGCCGGUCUCCAACAACAGGACAGAACUGAAAUGCCACCUGUGUUACGGAAUCCUGGCAUCCAUCUAGCUGACAAGAGAUACAACUUGUCUGAAGAGUGUGGUGAGAUUGACACUAUACAUCACAGUGAUAUUGACCAAUCAGAUUAUUCCACGGAGAAAUUAGAGAUUCAGUCAGGUCACUACUCCCAUGUGCUGCUGGAUUGGCUACAAUGGUGGACCACUGAUACUCAACAACUGGUUCUACUGGACACUAGGAUAGGAGACAAAGUGUGGAGAGACAAACUGAGAUGUCGCCUGGACUUGGUGGUGGAUUAUCUGGCACGACACAACAAACUCGACAUACUGAAGAACCUUGUUGAUGAAGCUACAAAGUCUGGUGACCAUACCAUCAUCCAGGAAAUCCAUUGUCAGGCCAGCAAGAUGACCGCCUUCACAUUCCUUCAGAUCUCUCACUAUUGUGUCCAACACAAGUUAUACCUGGACCAGUCCGACUUCCCUUCCUUACUGAAGCAGAUGAGAUAUGUUGGAGGUCCACUUUUGGUGCCACACCCACUGGCUUCCUACCCCGCCCACAUCCAGGAACGGUUCCAUCAGGACUUCACCCAGUACUGCGUCCAAAACAACCUUCCCAGUCUCCUCUGGCAAUACUGCUUCCUUCACAGGGUGCAGCCUGAUGUCCUGUCUAGAGUGGCCCAGAUCUCGAGCGACAUACAAUGGCUGGACUUCUUUGUCCACAUGUACUCUGUAGCCAACAACCCUCACAGUACGAUCAGUUUGUGUGAAGCUAGUGUUGCCAAUGCUGCACUCGCCUGGUCACUGGAUGGUGCUGUUAUCCCCGCUCUGAUUGGUCAGGGAGAAGUCCUCACAGCCCUGGCAACACUUGUGUACUCCCCACGUUCAAUACAACAGAUAAGUCCUGGUUCAGACAUGGCCUCAAUGUUCGGCGGACUAAGUAUGGAGACCCUGGAACAAGCCUUACAGCCAUACCCGAAACUCCAUGUAGCGCUGUUCCCAACCUCUACUAUAGACAAACCUCAGAAUGACGUCACUAUUUACCAGCUACUCAAAGACAAUGCUCCAUUUAGUCCGAGCCGACUUUUUGGCUGGCAGACCAUGCAUCGUACAACAGGGGAAGAUUCCAUGAGACAACUUCCCCACUUCUCGAUGCCCGAGCUGGUGAACCGUUACGCCUACACAGAAAGGAUUAGAUACACUUACUACCUACGACAAGGCAGACCCUCUUUUGCCUUUGCAUCCUUCCUGGCCGAACAGCUCGACUCGGACCCUACAACACUGUCAAACAAAAGCAUCCUUGCAGCCUGUGGCACAGCACUUUGGAUUGGAAUUAAAAACUUUCACAACCCCCAGAUUUCCUGUGCGUGUGUCGUAUUCACUGAGAUGCUUGGACAGAACAGCCUCCUUAUACGAACAUAUCUACAGGUCGGGCAGGAGAUACUGUUACAUCUCAACAGUUGUUUAACAGGUAACAUCGACCGCCGUAAGGAACAGGUGCGCCACAACGAGGCUGAAAUAGCGUCCUGGCUGUGUGGAUGUGUGAUUCAUCAGAGGAAACAGGCGACUUUCCUAUUAGGCAAGCUAGAGGAGGCCAUCAGUGCAAGUCUGGACAAGGACACCAUUCCUAGCACAAGUUUUGAGGCUGGUCAGAAAUGGACAAUAGCUGUGCUGUUUUGUCAGAUUUUACAUCUACAGCUGACCACCAGGUUCCUGGAGCAGUGCUGCCAGGCAGAUAAAUGGCUCCCUUUCCUCUGGUUCGCUCAGACUCAUCAGUAUCCUAAAGAGCAGCUACAGAGCCUACUGUAUAAAUUCAGAAGUGUGCACCUCCAGCAACAUCUACAUUAUGUGAUAGAAAAUGCUGAAACUAGGGCUAGUGACCUUGGACAAGUGCAGUCAGAUGGUCAAGGUCAGGCAAAGGGCAAGGACGUGCGCUCUUCGCUCUAUGUUAGAAUUGGACUGAAGAAAGACGCAGAUUCCGUGGAACUGAGUAGUGAUGAAGAGGAACAGCUGACAUCUGUAUCACCAGCAGACGACAAUGAUAGUGGCGUGUUGAUGGUGGAUGUUGACUCGGCCCCUGACGACGUGUUUCGUGUUGUCUUCGUUACGCAGUCAUCUAAAUGUCAGUGGAAAUCACUGCUGCAGUACUCCAUCGUUCUUCGUAAUCCACUCUUCUCUGAACUGGCCGCAUGUAUUCCGGAGGCCUCUGGGUUACCCUGUCUGUGUGGCUGGCUUGUGGCCAUGUUAGAUGUCAAAGAACACGAGAAAUUCUUGAAAAAUUAUGGAAAAUUUGCAGGAAAGUGGAACAUGCGUCAUCUUGGCAACAUAAUUGACAUCUAUCUGCAGAACAAUUGGGUGUCUACCCUGGCUAAUGGCUUCCAUAUCUUCCAACCGGACAGUCCCAUCAUUCCAUUCUUCAAGUUCUCGGCAGAGUUUUCAGAGAGGAGAAAUUUGAGCCAGUGUAAACUAUUAUUGGGAGAUUUUAAGGAGUCUUUCCAUAUGUACUGCCAUGAAAUCACUGCCGAUGAGCGGGCUGCCAUUUUUGGAGACACGGACUGGUUCCAGCAGGUGAUAUUCAGGGUGCUCCAGCAUCACUUCACACACACACAGAGUCUGUACGAUGUUCUACAGCUUCUCAGACUCCUCGACAGCGAGAGCAUCGUCCUUGUUUUUAAGUUUGAGGUACCUGACUUUGCUAGACUGGUACGGAUGCUGCAGAUGGUCGUGAAUGUACCUAUCCCAGAUGUACGAUUCUCGGGACUGGUGUCUUCUGAGAAGUCCGAGGUGGAUGGAGAGUGUCGUCGGAUAGUGGACGUGAUGGUGGCAAAACAGAUGUUCCAUCAGGCGAGGGAGUUUGCCCGUGAAGCGGGGCUAUCACAUGACCACAUCACUAUGGCUGAGGUGAAAGAUGAGAAGUCCAAGCUGGAGUUAACCCCCCUUUGGCAUUCUACCAUCGUUCGUCAGAGAUUCUGGAAGCAGUGCGCCAGUUCUUUUCUAAAAUACAAACUGUCUGUCGAACAAGCAACAGACUUCUUCCAGACUGAGGCGAGGUCAGUGGAGAGCUACCAAGAGAAAGCUUACCUUUACCAGUUGUGUGUCCAGCACAUGGAAACUCUGGCCAGGGCCGACACCCUUCAACUCAUCGACCAGACGUACCACACUUUAAGCAUAUACAGAAUCAGGGCCAAGAUGGAGCAGAUGCAGCAUGGAGAUAGCAGUGAUGAUUUCAUGGAGGAUAUAUUUGAAGAUGACGGCAGUCACUUGCCAUUUGAUACCCAUGACCGCAAGAAGGAACUACUCAACUACGGCAAAAUGCCUCGUGAAGAUGAAGUGUCUAAAGAGUUGACAGAGGAGGAAACGAAGGCCUUGGACCUGCUCAUACAGGAACUACUGGACAAUGGUCAGGUGAUAGAGAGCUGUAGACUGGCCACAGAAUUCCAUUUCUAUUCCCGAGACCUCGUCAUUAUCCUGACAUGUAUUCGACUGGCCUUAGGGACGGUCACUGUCGGGGAAUCCAUGGACAUGAUGAUGGUCAGCCUGUUAGCUGAGUCUACUGGACAUCGCAGAUUGUCCGUUGCAGCCACUCAGAACAUCGGCCGGAUGACUAAGAAGUCGUCUAUGGUCAGUCUUGCAUCUGUGGCGUCCAGCACAUGGGAUUUCCUGCCUGCUGGUCAGGAGAAAACUGUUGUUUCUAUGGAAGCCCUACUCCACAACUGUCACCAUGGAAACCAGUGCUGUAAACAGGUCCUCAACUGUUACAUCAUAGCAACGGUCCUUGAUAAAGGCUAUGAGGACGUGGUUUUAGACAAGGAAUUUUCCGUCCUCAAGGAGCUCCUCAAAACAAGUCUCCCCCAGAGGUUCUGGCUGGCGUCCGAGUUCCUCAGUAGCAGUUCUCUCACAAACUCUGAAGUCGCUGGGUUUCUCUGUGACUCUAUUGUUUACGCAUACAAGUACUCGUACGGUAGUGAGGAACUAUCUCAGACAGACCCCGCCCACCCUCAAGGGGAGAGAGACCUACUGUUUGACCCCGCGGAGGACAGAGGAGUAGCCGGACAGUUCGUGACCCUUUGUCCGGACUCCUCCAUUCUCGGAGAUAGACUGCUGGAGGUUGUAACCAGUAUGUCGGAAGAACAACAUAUUUCGGCUUCAUUGCUGUCUGUCCAGACUGAACUUCUCAUCCUGUCCCAUACCUGUCAUACCAACGCCUGUAAUAUGGAGGGAAUCUCCCACGUACUGAGAUCGGCCCGCACCAUCACCGUCAGUCUGGCCAACACACACAACUUCUCUCUCAUGGUACGACUGCUAACAGGGGUUGGCCGAUUCAGUGAGAUGACCUACAUAUUUGACAGCCUCAAGAUAAAUGAGCACUUUGAGCUUCUGCUGAAAAAAGGAAUAGAAAAGGAAAACAGUUUAAAGAUUGCCCUACUGGACUACCUCAAGCGUUACCAUCCGUCAGACAUCGACACUUACGACAUGGUGGCUCACAAUUUCCUGAUGCACCGAGAGAUCGCUCAGAUGCUCGAGUCUCGAGCUCGUAGAGGUCUCAACAAGUACAAAGACAAGACAUUGGAAAACACUACUGAAAUAAAAACAGACCUUCAGAACAUUGUACAAGAUUUCACCGAGGCUGCAGAGAGCUACUACAAAGAGAGUUGUCUACGCCAUGCCCAAACCUGUCUACGUCAUGCACGACUGGUUGCUCUCCAACUCCAGCAUCUCGCCCCGGUUCUCUCAGUUCUCCAUCUCUCACCAGGUGGAGCUGAUAAACUCAUAGCCUCACACCCAAAGUUUCUUGAGGCUUUGAUUGUGAGUGAAACUUACGGCAAGAAGGGAAGUUGGCCAAAUGCUCUGUGUCACAAUGUGCUGAAAGGUGGUGACUUCCGCUAUCUACAAGACUUCAAGUCCCACAUCAAACUUACUACAGCCCUGGCAUCCGAGACCAUAGAAAAAUUUCAACAGGAACAAAAUCCGUCUGCUCAGUCACUAAACAAUCUAAAGAAAUUUCUGGAGACUCACUGUAGGGACGUCAAGUUGAAGUACAAGGUUGCACAGGAAUUCGGCUUCAGAGAUCUCCUGACCACCAUGGAGAAGGGAGACAACAGCAGUUAUAUUCAGGAUCUGGUGUACUUGGCCACAUAAACUUGGUGUUCAUUGCCACGUAAACUUGUUGUGAUCAGGAACAUGGCCACAUAAACUUUGUUUGAACUCAAUUCUGUGUACAUUGCAACAUAAACUUGCUGCCGUGACUAGGAAUCAUGGAUUUAAGACUGAAAGGAAAAAUCUAACUUGAAAGAGUAUUGUUCACAUAAAGAUGUAUAUAUCACCAAAACUUUAGUGGGAAGUGAAACUUCUGUAGUAAAACAUGUACGAGUGCUUGGUUUACAGUGUAUAUAUAGGUAUAUUAUACAGUAGAACUGACCAAGUGGGAUGGACAAUUUCUGAGUCCACUAUACUAUAGUUGUUACUGUGGCUGGCUUUUUGAGGAAUAUAAACCGAUUAACAGUCCAUAGUUAUGACAUCAAACUAACUUUCUAUUAAUGUUGCCAUCUGUCUUUCAUAUCUGGCUUUUGAGUGCAAUACAAUUUGAUGACCAGUAAGUGUAUUUAUUUAACAAUUAAACUCUUGUUACAUUGUAUUUAUUGUCAAUAUGAAUGCAAUAUGGGUGACAGAUAGAUAGAAUGACGCCCGUUUAUUUUCACUAAUUUUUUGUUUGUUUGCUCAUUUGAAAGAAUGUCAUCGUUAAAUCAAAUUCCUUUCUGAGUUUGAUUUGCAACCAAUCCGACUAACAGUACAAAGUCUUGCAUUGAAGAUGAUCAACAUAGCUCAAAAAUGACAUCAUAGUAAUGCAAUUGUUUGCAAUCAUAAUCUUUUCUGCGUUUGAUUCAUUUGAAAUGCAGAGCGAAGCAUUUCUAUGACAUUGAUCAAAAUGAAUGUAAUAAUCACGUCCUGUGAACUGGACUGCAUCUAUCCGCACAUGGAUGCAACCCAGAUUAACAUUGAGGCAACAGGAGGAAGACCGGGUUGCCAAAUGUAAAUAUUUGAACAUAAUAAUGAUUUUUUGCAGGAUAUCAAUUUGUAUAUUAGUCUAUAACAUGAUGUAUCAGUAUUUAGAUGAUCGCCAUGUUAUAUUAGACAUCACUGCUAGACUUUGAUUUAUCACAAUCAGUCAUUAAUUAUUGUGUGACAUUUUGAUGACCGCAUUCUGAAGUCGAUUUGGCUACGCUUUGUUUAAAACCUUGGGUGGUCGGGCCGCACACUUGCUUUUCACUUAGCUGGCUGGGGUUUGAUACGCCUUGGUGGACACUAGUGUUGACAGAAAAGACCUGUUAAUUCUAUAAAAUCUUGUAUACUUCAGACUUCAUUGCACAAGUGCUGCACUGGUCACUUUGUCUGAUAAAGGUGAAAAAGUAUAGUCACCGAAACGUCACACUUAAAACCAAGUACGGGUUGUGAUAUACCGAAGUAUACUUACAUACAUAUUUAUAACCUGAAGAAAAUGUUCCAUAGUACUGAUGUUAUUUCAUUCUAACAUAUCCUUUGUAUAAAAUAUGUAAAUGGGAUGGUUGAUGGAUAUGGGUAUUUCAGCUGCAUAGUCCAAUAGCUAGCUUUUGUGGCUGUGCGGUUGAGUGUCGUGUCUGUGUAUGUAAGUUUAGCAAUGUCGAGUGUGGUCAGCUCUUGGACCGCUCUGUUGUUUUCUCAGUGCACGUUACAUAUGUGACUGAUUUUAAUUCAGCAGAAACAAAACAGCUACAGUAAUUUCAAUAAAAUUUUGCUGCAAGUUUGCUUUGCCAAAAACAAACCAAAUUAAGGAAUUCUUUGGUUUCAAGCAUGAAUCAGGUUGAGGGACUCGCAAGUAUGGAAUGCUUUGACUUCUGUACCAUAUGAGGAACAAAACAGGUUCAAUUUUGCCUCGCCAUAUAUAUAUAAACUGUACAUGUAGUGUCCCCUCCCUGUACACUGAUGAGGAAAUGGAGAACUUCUGAAAUUACAUGAAAUUUAUUUAUUACAUUUUUACCAGUGAAAUAUCAAAAAUUAUUCAUUCUAUAAAAGUGAUAUUUUUCAUCACAUUUUUCACUAGUGGAAAAUAUCACUU